AUGCCACGGUCGCCGAGCUCGUCCGUGGCGACGUCCGAGGCGCUUCAGGAGCGCGAAGCCCUUGUACACGAGCUCACUGAGCUGGUCGAGAAAGAGGCACUGCGCGACGCCCUCGUCGCCUGCGAGUCGCCGAUGGACGACAGUCUCGAGAGCGAUCAUUCUGAUGAGGCCUCGGAGGAUGUGGAGGCGCCGUACGCUCCGCAGCCCAAGAAGCUCUUGCCGGCGCCGGCGACUCCGAUUCUCAACCAUUGGAAUCAAUUCCAAGCCGCCAACGACUUGAGUUGCGUUCGGGACCUUGUGCACGUGUGCGUCGCCCACCAGCGUCUCCGGAACCACGACCUUGCGCUGCUCUGUCACAAUCUCUCGGCCUUUGUCGCGAUGAAAACCUUGGACGCAAGCCACAACCAGCUGGACGAUGGCGCGUGCAACGAGCUGCGCGCACUGCUCAACUCGAAGCGACCGCGGCUGCUCGGGCUCAACCUCGCCUGCAACCUUCUUGGCGAGAACGCGUUUCAACUUGUUUGCGAACGCCUCGCCGCCAACGUGUCCCUCGUGUGGCUCAACAUACUUGGGAACGCCUUCACGUACUCGGCCACGUCCGUGCCCUUGCUGCGCGACGCCCUCUACAUGAACGAAUCCCUCGAGUCGCUUGCGGUGAGCUUGGGCGACUUUGAGAACCCGGCGACUUCAUUCUCGGCGGGUCCGCGACGCAAGCACCGCUUGGCAAAGGACUUUGUGCGCGGCCUCGGCUUCCACUCCAAGCAUUUACGCGACGCGCAGUUCGGGCCGACACCGAUCCGCAAGCAACUGUCAGUCGCAGCCUUGUCGCUGGCCAACGCCGAACUCUCGACCGUGACGGUCUCGGAGCUCAUGGGCGUCUUGCAGCAGCAGCCACAACUCACUGCGCUGGACCUUUCCUACUGCUUUGUUGGCAUCGCCGGCGCCCGCAUCCUUGCCCACGCCAUUGAUACGCAGGCUGGUUUUCCGCUGCUGACGCUGCAGCUAAAGUGCAAUCACAUUGGCAGUGCCGGCGCCCUUGCACUUGUCGACGCGCUCCAGUCGAACACGACACUGACGGCGCUCGGCGUCGAUAAAAAUGAGAUCUCAAACGAUGGCAUUGUCGCUUUGGCCAAGUACCUCCCGCGACUACCCUGCUUGACGCGGCUGAGUCUGGCGCAGAACCACUGCCGGGCGUCGGGACUCGCCGCGCUCACGCACGCGCUCGCAGCGUCGCCGCAGCUCACCGACCUCGGUGCCCUGUCUCGGUAA